AUGAGUAGUGAAAAGCACGUUGAUGGAGAUAAUGAAACGGCUACGCCUAGUACUGAAAAAACUGAUGAACACGAUGAAACACAAUCACGAUCAUCUGAAUCUGGUAAUGAUGAUACUGAUAGUAAUGCUAGUAGUGAAUAUGAAGUUGAAAAAAUUCUUGCUAAACGUCGACGUCGUCGUGGUGGAUAUGAAUAUUUUAUAAAAUGGGUGGGUUAUGAUAAUUCAGCAAAUGAAUGGAUACCUGAAUCAAGUUUAAAUUGUCCACAACGUGUAGCCGAAUUUGAACGUGAAGAAGCACGUAAACGAAAACGUACACGAAAAGAACGAGAACGAACUUAUUCUCAAAAACGUCGAAAUAAUAAUAAACGAUCAAAAAAACGACGUGUUAAAGUUAUUGAAGAUGAUGAUAAUGAUGGUAAUGAUGAUGAACAAGAACCAACAAAAUCAGUUGAAUCAUCAACUGGUUCAACAACAAAUUCUGAUAAAGAUCAAGAAAAAAAUUUAAUAACAUAUGGAGUUGAAAAAGGUUAUCAAGUUCAAGCUAUUCUUGGUAUUAAUCGUACCAAAGGUGAUCAAUUACAUUAUCUUGUUCAUUAUAAAUCUCCUACAAUGUUUGAUGAUAAUAUGGAAUUAAUUCCAGCUAAUAUUGCAAAAAAAUAUUGUGAAGAUGAAUUAAUUCAAUUUUAUGAAACAAGAAUUACAUGGAAUGAUCGUCCAAAUGAUUGA